UCAGCCAAUGCAUGUUGGGCACCCCCAGCCGAACGUAGCUUGAUGUUCGCAAUAUCCACAUUGGGUAAUCAAAUAGCUGCAGUUUUUGCUUUGUUGUUUGGAUCACAACUUUGUGCCAUAAAAUUCUUGGACGGAUGGAGAUUAAUUUUUCUUAGUUUUGGUGCCAUUGGAAUGACAAGCUUUACUUUGUGGACUAUUUUCGCUGCAAAUAGCCCUGAUGAAAGUAGAUGGAUUGGUACAAAAGAAAAAGAAAUGAUAACUGCUAGCCUAAAAACUGGGGAAUCUGAAAAAUCCAUUAGCUCUAGAAGAGUAAGAUAUGUAAAAAAAUUUCUCUAAAAAUUUAGUUAAAUACGGGAAAAGUCCCUUGGAGUAAAAUGGCUAGGAGUAUACCCUUAUGUGCUGGAAUUAUUGGGCAAUUAAACUAUUCAUUUUGUACAACGUUGUUGCAAUCUUAUUUACCUACCUAUUUGAAGGACUAUUUGAAAUUGAGUUUAAAUGAAGUGAUUAUUAUAUUGUUUAGUAGAGAUCGAGCUGGGCCUGAACCAAGGCCUGGGUUUUUCCUGUACACG